AUGAGUCAAGAUCUGGAGUCUGGACAUGAAGGCUAUGCUCUCCAAGACAGGAGCAGUAUGGCUACAGUUCUCAGCAAACGUCGAAAAAUCGAUCAGGAGCUAUCCCAGGUGAAAAGAAAGCAAGAACAACUCCAGCCUAUCCAGCAGGCUCUGUUUGACUCAACAACGUCGAGAGAUGACCACACAUCCCGUGUCCAGGUGGACUCUUUAGAGUCUGAGAUCACUGAAUGUUUCCGUCGAGCACGCUCUCUGGCUGCAGAUGCAAAAAGUGUGUCGGAUAUGUCUAACCCACGGAUACAUGAGCAACUCACAUACAUGAGUGAGAAUAUAAGACGGCAUAUCGAAGAGUAUCGUAGGGUACAAAGAGCCUUCGCGACACAGCUUGAGACGCAGGUGCGACGUCGCUAUGGCCUUGUUCAUCCUGAAGCCUCGGAGGAGGAUAUCGAAAAUGGUGUGCAGAAUAUCCUCUACGGAGACGAGCAGGCUUUUCAGGUUCAGGGUAUGCGAAGUGCCAAAGCUAAUGAGGCUCGAGAUGCUGUUCUUCAACGAUCCACUGCUAUUCGCAAGAUCGUGGAGGAUCUGCAGAGUCUCAAUGAGUUGUUUGAAGAAGUCGGUGAGCUCGUUGAGAUGCAUCAGGUUCCUCUUGAGAAUACGGUGAAGAAUGUGGAAAAUACUGUGGAAAAUUACCAGAAAUCGACGAAGCUUUUGGAUCGCGCGAUUAUCAGUGCACGGAAUGCGAGGAAGUAUAAGUGGUGGAUCCUGCUAGUCUGUGUUUUGAUUGUUGCCAUCAUUGUGGCCGUGGUUGUGGCCUGGUGCAAGAUCAACAACAAAUGCUGA